AUGGAAUUAUCGAAUCAAUCUUUCAUAAAAACAAUUUUCGAUUCUCACGAUACAACACUAGAACAAAUUCUUAAUAGGGUGGUACAAAGAGUAGGUGAAAUUUUAAAUGUCGACCGAUGCUUCAUAGGCGUGCGUGAUCCAUUAAAAGAGCGGUGCCUAGUGGCAUUUGUAUGGGGCCGUCCAAAUUUCAAAUCAAAUGAAUUUUCCCAAGCCAAUUGGGUUGAAGAGGAAUCUUUUGUUGAUGAUGAUCCACUUUAUAAAGUAGCAUUGGCUUGUCAAUCUUCUAUCUAUAUUGAAGAUGUUGAAACAACUUCACCUGAAAUCCUCAAUCGAGAUUUUGAAAGUCGUUUUUGUGGUCAUCGAGCAUUUAUACAUGGUCAUAUUGUUCAAGAUGGAGUACUGUGGGGAACAUUAGAACCGUGUGUAUUUGAUCAUCCUCGUCAAUGGACAGAAGAUGAACAUAUAUUCAUUGAAACUUUACUACCUUUAUUGGCAAAUUAUGUUAAGGAAUAUGUUACGAAGCUUCAGAUUGGCGAAUCAUAG